AUUCCGGGAAUGUGAUCAAUUUAUAUAUUGUUGUUAUUUGACUUUUGCCUGAAUGAUUGAUUGAUUGGCGGCUCACUGCAUAUCGAUCAAUAUACGAAUGUCUAAUAAAUAUUAAAUUAUUAAUAUCGCCUCCCUUUGGCUUUGUUUUAGAGUAUAGUAACAGCAAUAAAUAAAAUGUGACUGCUUCAGUUUAUUAUUAAUAAGGAAUGCGAUCUUAAUUAAAAAGUAAGUAAAUUCAUAUCAACUGCAGUCUGCAUAUAUACUAAAUCAUUUUAAUUACUUGGACAGCCCGAACUCGGCUUUAGUUGAAAAAGGAAAAAACAAGAUGCCAGAAGAACCAAAGCCAAAGGAGAAAUCGUUAUUUAUCGAAUUUACAGAAUCAACAACUCUUCAUGGAAUCCGACAUGUUUUUUGUGGCGACUCGAAACUUCGUCGCUUGAUAUGGUUUGUGUGUACCCUUGGAUCAACUGCAGUCUUUGUCACGUCCAGUGCAAAGCUGUUAAACUCUUAUAUCAGAGGAGAUAUUGUCACUCGAAUCACCGUCAAACAUCAAAAUAAUAUAAUGUUUCCCGCCGUCACUAUCUGCAAUUUCAAUCCACUACGGAAGAGUUACCUGAAACAACUAAACAUCUCAGAUCCUGAAAGAUUCGCUCGUAUUUUGCUCUAUGAAGCAGAGCCGAAUGAUGCUGACCGUAAGAAGUUUUUCUUAACCUAUGUUAAUGCGCAAGAAUUUUUCAGAAACGGUAGUCAUAAAAUAGAAGAAAUGCUGCUCAAUUGCACACUACAAGGAAAAAAAUGUUUACCAGAAGAUUUCCGACUGGUCGAUACAAAUAUGGGUUUCUGUUAUACGUCUAACUUUGAUAAAAGACUUGCAAAUUCUAGCAAGAUCUUCAAACCGGGAGAAAGGUAUGGUUUAUCUAUGACGCUAAACACUCAAAUUAAAGAGUAUACUCACAGACUUGCUCCAGCGAUUGGAUUCAAAAUUUUAGUCCAGGAGAAAAACGAGGUUCCACUCACCGACGUAAAUGGUUUUGCAACGAUGACAGGAGUGUCGACGUUUGUUGCAAUCCGGAAAAAUGCGGUGAAAUCAUUACCCUGUGAAAACAGACGAACUUUGGAAAAAUCAUUGUAUACAAGAGCAAAGUGCUUUGAAGAUUGCAGAAGAAGAUAUAUUUUUAAAAGAUGUAAUUGCACCUAUCCCACAGGCAUGGGGCCUUACCAGUCGUGCACACUGGAAAAACUGUUUACAUGUGUUUCCCACGAAGACGAACGAUUUGCUUCACUCGUAAAUAUGUGUUCAUGUCCACAACCUUGUGAACACGUCUUCUAUAGCACAACUCUAUCGUAUGGCAUCUACGAACCAGAAACGGUUUACAGCACCAAUCCAUUUGAAGCAUAUUUGGAAAGAAAUAGUUAUGUUCAAGUGAAAAUAUUCUUUGAAGACUUAAGUGUUACCGAAGUUAAAGAUAUGCGAAAAUACAGUUGGUCUGACCUGCUUGCUGCAGCUGGAGGGAUGCUGGGAUUAUUACUUGGAGCAAGUGUUUUAACCAUUGUGGAGUUCCUUGAACUCUUAAUAACACUUCUCGGAAUAAGGUUCUCAAAAAACAAAGUCAGAGCCAUCAACACUCGCUGAAAUCCCAUCAUACAUAUUCACGACAGAGAGAACGUUUUGGCAUUUUAAGCAAGAAAGAUACCACCACGAAUGUUAGUGAUACGGCAAAGCCGGGUUUCACAAAAAAGUGUUUGAACCAUUUGAAAAAAAAAACUAAAAAUACAUUAAAAAUUCAUACACAUUCUGUAUCCCUAGAUUUACAUCGUUCACUAACCGUUAGUUAUAAGACUAAAAACUACCGUUUUUAUAGUAAACAAUUAUGUUUUAGUAUGUAUGUAGUUUCAUCUGCAUUUUAUAUCGAACCAAUGCCAAUUGGAUUAUCCGGUGUUAAAGGUUUGUUAACACGAUCCAAUUUUGUUUGAUCCAACCAUCCAACUCACUUUUGAUGGAUGUUUUAUAAUCUGUUGUGUAAUGUACAGUAGGAGGCAAAAGUUU